AGGGAGAUGCAGGGGAUGUAAAUGGACACAAACUACGGGCCAUUUCUUGAUGAACUCGAGUGUGACAUGAAUUUGUCGUUGCAGGUAUGGGCGCUUGGCGCUGGCCAGACUGGAUGAGGAAGUGAGGCUGGGAGAGAGAAGUCUGCAGAGAGACAACGGCUACCUGGGACUGCGACAGGAGAGGACCUUUGGGCAGGUUCCUGCAGCUUGUGUCAGGGUGGAGUUACCUGACCCAUGGAGAAUUACUUCCAGGCAGAGGCCUUCAACCUGGACAAGGUGCUGGACGACUUUGAACAGAAUCAAGAUAAUGAGACAGACAGUCCCACUCUGUCUGAUGCUAAGUGGAGUCAGAUCCUCUCCCCUCCGACCCACUUCCUGUCUCUGAACCCUGCUCUGGCUUUGACACCUGACCCCAGGGAGGGGGACUGUCCCCUCCCCUUCAAGACCCUCCCGGCCCCCGACCCGUCCUCUAGCGACUUCCAGGGGCCUGACUCCAAACGCCACCCCACUGCCAAGCCUCCUUCCUGGGGAGAGGAGAGGCCAGGCCGCACUGCGGACGUCCACAGCCCUCCGCUCCCCCAACCCAACAUCGGCAAGCUGGUGGGGGGUGAGGAGGGCUUGUCUCCCCCUGUGCCGGCUUCCUCUAGCCCCCCUCCUUACCACCAGCCGGCCCUGGAGAACGGCUUCACCUCUACCAGCCCUGCUCUCAACGGGCUCAGUGAGGAACCCUGCAAGGGGACCCCUUCAAACCACCACCACCAGCUGCCUGCCUCCUCUGACCCACGUCCUGAUGCCCCUGUGGAGGGUAGGGAGGGGGAGAGGAGCGGUGGAAGCUCUCACAUUAGUCAUUCACACUUUACCUAUGAGGAGAGACUGGGAGGGGACAGACAGGUGGCAGACAGACAGGUGGCAGUAGAGGAGUCGAACCCCCGGUUGGAGCCAGAGAGCGCUUGGACUGGGUCACCCAUACAGGAGAGGGACGGAGAGGAGGCUGACAUGGCUGGGGGACAGUCACAGGACACUGGGGAGAGAGGACAGAAUGGAGGAUGGAGAGGGGGAACACCGGGAGAAGACUCUGGGGGGAAGGUACAGAAUGGAGGAUGGAGAGGGGGAACACUGGGGGAAGACUCUGGGGGGAACGUACAGAAUGGAGGGGUGAUGGAAGAACUGAGAGGGAGGAGAAAGGAGUGUAGGAAGUCUUCUCAGAAGGAGAAGAGGUUGAACGGAGAGCUGGAGAAGAAUGGAGGUCAGAACGGAGAGAUGGCUCUCACCAACGGCCUGGCUACCGCAGGGGAAGACGAGGAGAGAGGGUCUCUCACCCCUCCCCCCUCCAAGGAGGACUCCGUAACAGAAGAGAAGGAGAUGGAGGAGAGCAAGCAAGAGAACGAAGGAAGUGGAGAAAGAGGUGGYAGCUAUUUACCCAAGAAACUGAACAACAGUGGUUUGCAGCCGGUGAGCUUACCGUUCGGCGGGGCACGUCCUAAACAACCGGUCGGUCUCAAACUUCAGAUCCCCCGGCCCGUAUACGAACAGGUCCAGAACCAGCUAGCACCUUCUGCUAACACCGCCGGCAGCAUUACCGGUGGCGGAAAGAACAGGAACUUUGAGAACCGUGGCAGUGCCGUAGUCAUGGAUACGGGAACUGUAGUUGCCUUGGGCGACCCUGKUGGUGGUGGUGGUGUUGUGAAGGGGGAGUUGCUAACCGGGGAGUCACCGUCGUCGUCGGGCCUGGUGGAGGUGUCAGAGAGCAGCCCGGAUAAUGACUUCCAGGCAGGGCAGCAUCACCAGGGGGCUCUGCCCAGGAAACAGCUCUCCUCCCUGGGGGAGGUAGCCCCCGUGUGGGUCCCUGACUCCCAGGCUCCAGUCUGUAUGAAGUGUGAGGUCCGCUUCACCUUCACCAAGAGGAGGCAUCACUGCAGGGCCUGUGGAAAGGUGUUCUGUGCUGCCUGCUGCAGCCUGAGGAGCAGACUGAUCUACAUGGACAGGAAGGAGGCCAGAGUCUGUAUCACCUGUCACUCUGCCCUACAGAGUGAACCUAACCCCAACCCAGCAGAGUAUGCUAGUACCAUCCCACUCUGCAGCAGGUCCAAGCUCAGGGGCGCUGGCUCCCUUCCCCCCACUGUCAUGGUCCCUGUGGCAGUCCUAAAACACCCAGGGUCUCUCGCGCGGGAGCAGAGGAGGGUGUGCUUUGCAGACGGGAUCCUACCCAAUGGGGAAGUAGCGGAAUCCCCCAAGCCCCCUGCUACCAGCCCCGCUCCCUCRCGUCCAUUGGCCGUCUCGCAGUGUUCCAACAAAUCCUCCGCUGCUGAUUCGUCASAGGCGUUGUCCCCGGCUCCUGCAUCCCCAGUGGGAAGCCCUGUAGGCAGCUCCAUCAGUCUAAUUCCGGAGGACGGACUUCCUCCCAUCCUCAUCUCCACCGGAGUUAAAGGAGACUAUGCGGUGGAGGAGCGUCCCUGUGAGACCGUUCUGAUGCAGCAGCUGGAGGAGGGAGGUCCUGACCCUUUGGUGUUUGUGCUCAACGCUAACCUGCUGGCCAUGGUCAAACUGGUCAACUGUGAGUUAAGGAAGUGUUUGGCGUUAUGUGACCAGGAAGGAUGCAGCAGUGGCCAGCUGAGGUCGGUGGUGCUGCCCCUGCAGUGUCUGCCUGACGAGAAGAGCAUCCCCAAAGACCUCUUCAGCCACUUCGUACAGCUCUACCAGGAGGCCCUCACAGGUAAUGUUCUGACCCACCUGAGCCACUC